GCUUGGCCAAGCUUCCACUAUACCGCCAGAACAAGCACCACGAGCAGCCAUGUCGAGCGGCCAGAAAGAAGCAAUCAACCUCGACACCCUCGAGCCCCAGCAGCUCGCGCAGGUCAAGAAGCAGCUCGAGGAAGAGCUCGAGCACCUCACCAACUCCUUCUCCCAGCUCCACGGCGCCCAAAACAAAUUCAGAGAAUGCCUCCGAUGCGUGCAGAGCCGAGCCGCCGAUAGCCAAGGCUCGAAGGCGGUUUUGGUCCCCCUGACCAACUCCCUGUAUGUAAGCGGCGAGUUGACGAGUACCGAUACGGUUCUGGUGGACGUGGGCACAGGGUUCAUGAUUGAAAAGAAUUUAAAAUCAGCUGAGAAGUUUUACAACUCAAAAGUCAAAGAGCUUGGCGACAACUUGAAAGAACUGGAAGGCAUUGUUCAGUCGAAACAGAUGAAUGUCCGCACAAUAGAAGAAGUUUUACGGCAAAAAAUAAUGGCUGCUCAAUCAGAAGGCCAGAGCUGAGAAAUAUAGCUAAGGAGAAAAAAAAAAUUGAAUAAUGAAUUGAACCGCGUAACGUAUCUAUCUAUAUGGCCAAUGGCCGCUCGCAUCAGAAAGCCCUAUUCUGCAUCUAGCUGCUAUUCGUCCUUUACUUCAUCCUCUUCAGGGUCCUCUACAGGGAAGUGUACCUGCUGCUGGACCUUUAAAAAGUUCUCAAGGAACUCCAAAAAUCUAUUCAAGAUAUCAGGAUCCGUCC